AUGGUCGAGAAGCACAACCAUCCAAAGCUCAAAUACUCUCCAACAUCAACACCCAAGACCAUAUUAUCAGGGAUGUCAUCGUUGAGAGCAGCAGCAUGUGCCGAGGCAGCAAGAUCCAAAGUCGAUGAAGGAAUAUGCAUCUUUCAAGUAUCACAAGGAAGGCAAGAUCGGGUUGAGAUGGAGAUGUUAUUCUUGGUGAAGGUGUCGUAUAUGGGAGGUUUGUGUUAUUCAAGAAUCAAGAUGUUGUGGGAUGAUGGCAUCUCAUCAUUGGAUCACCAAGGCAACUUUUUUUUGGAUCAAUAUGCUCGAUGCGACGGCAACAAUGGUAUUGCAACUGUGGGAGGUUACCUCCCGAUUGGUGGCAUGUUCCACAAGAUGACACCUUCCUCAGCGGGUGGCAGAUCCGAGAUUAGUGAUACAAAUGGCGGUGGUGAUGGUUUUUAG